CACUCAAACUUUCUCUCUCCUCUCUGAAACACAAAACACACACACACAUACUCUCUCUCUCUAGUCUCUACAAACUCAACUGUUUCUGAAAUUGGAAACCCAAAACCCCUCUCUUGUUCUAAUCUUAGGGUUAGGGUUUCCCUCUCUCCAUUCUCAUGUAAAACCCUAACUCCAUCACCACCACCAGAACCGCAACCACCACCUCGCCGACGCCGGAAGUUUAAAAAUGGGCAACUGCUGCCGAUCUCCAGCUGCCGUUGCUCGCGAGGACGUGAAAUCAUCAUUCUCCGACCACACCAAAGGAAAACACACCUCCGCAGCCAGCGCCGCCGGAAAACAGAAAAAUGCUCCGAUCACGGUCCUCGCCGGCGUUCCCAAGGAGAACAUUGAGGAUAAGUACCUGGUGGACCGUGAGCUCGGGCGUGGGGAGUUCGGCGUGACGUACCUCUGUAUCGACCGGGGAUCAAGAGAGCUGCUUGCUUGCAAGAGCAUCUCGAAGCGGAAGUUGCGGACGGCGGUGGACGUUGAGGACGUGCGCCGUGAGGUGGCGAUCAUGCGCCACCUGCCUCGGAGCUCCAGCAUCGUGUCGCUUCGUGAGGCUUGCGAGGAUGACAACGCCGUGCACCUUGUAAUGGAGCUCUGCGAGGGUGGGGAGCUCUUCGACAGAAUCGUGGCCAGGGGGCGUUACACGGAGCGCGCUGCCGCCGCAGUUGCAAGGACCGUCGUGGAGGUUGUGCAGCUGUGCCAUAGGCAUGGUGUGAUUCACAGAGACCUGAAGCCGGAGAAUUUCCUGUUUGCUAAUAAGAAGGAGAAUUCGCCGCUCAAGGCUAUUGAUUUCGGGCUUUCCAUAUUCUUCAAGCCAGGUGAGAAAUUCUCAGAAAUUGUUGGAAGUCCAUAUUAUAUGGCUCCAGAGGUGCUCAAGCGGAACUAUGGGCCAGAAAUAGAUAUAUGGAGUGCAGGAGUGAUACUCUACAUCUUACUAUGUGGCGUUCCCCCAUUUUGGGCUGAAUCUGAACAAGGGGUUGCACAGGCUAUUCUCAGAGGGCUUAUAGAUUUCAAACGAGAACCUUGGCCGAGUAUUUCAGAAAGUGCUAAAAGUCUUGUUAAGCAAAUGUUAGAACCAGACCCUAAACUUCGACUAACUGCCAAACAGGUGCUUGAGCAUCCUUGGAUCCAAAAUGCUAAGAAGGCUCCAAAUAUUCCUCUUGGGGAUGCUGUAAAAUCAAGACUUAAGCAGUUUUCUAUGAUGAAUAGAUUCAAAAGAAAAGCCCUUAGGGUCAUUGCUGAUUUCUUGUCCAAUGAAGAAGUUGAAGACAUCAAAGAUAUCUUCAAAAAGAUGGAUACUGAUAACGAUGGUAUUGUUUCCAUUGAAGAACUAAAAGCUGGAUUUCAAAAUUUCGGAUCUCAACUUGCCGAGUCCGAAAUUCAGAUGCUUCUUGAAGCUGUAAAUACUAAUGGGAAGGGAACCCUUGACUAUGGAGAAUUUGUUGCAGUUUCCCUCCAUCUAAAAAGGAUGGCUAAUGAUGAGCAUCUUCGCAAGGCCUUCUCUUACUUUGACAAGGAUGGGAAUGGUUAUAUUGAACCAGACGAGUUACGGAAUGCUUUGAUGGAAGACGGGACAGAUGAUUGUGCAGACGUAGCAAAUGAUAUUUUGCAGGAAGUGGACACAGACAAGGAUGGACGCAUCAGCUAUGAAGAAUUUGUGGCUAUGAUGAAAACCGGAACAGAUUGGAGAAAAGCAUCUAGGCAUUACUCACGCGGGAGAUUCAACAGCUUGAGCUUAAAGUUGAUGAAGGACGGUUCUGUAAAUUUAGGAACUGAGCAGUUACUUGUUUGAGUGUUGGCCUUUCUCUUUCUAAAUAGUGUAAUAUUCCUUCUAUAUUCUAAACAUGGCUUCCCUGUGAUGAUUUUUUGGUUCCUUGUUAUAUUGGGUCUUUCUUUUCUGCUGCCAUGUGAAUCACAAAGUAAUGUGCAUUGUGCAUAGCCAGUUAUACAUGCACUUUGCUACUACGGUAAAACCAUGGUACCUUGGAGCCAAAUGAUGUGACGUAUGCUUCUCCUCUCUUUAACCACACCCAUCUUGUUUAACAAUGGUAUCUCAAUUGUUCAAUGUGGCCAACGUAUGCUUGUCAACAUGCUAAUUUCAUGUACCUUUUAUUGAACUAUGAUUUGGUCAUUGUAUCCUAGAAAAAUAGCUGUUUACUAAAUUUUGAAUGUCUUGAUGAA